AUGGAUGAAGACAUGGAUUUCGACUCAGGAAUAUCAGGCAACCUCCAAGGAACGUCCUACGAACAAUAUCAGCCACAGAUUCACGGAGGAGCUGUGGAAUAUGGUCGCAAGAUGCUGGAUCUUGUCUUUGUUCAGGACUGUACUGGGAGUCAAGGCAGCUAUAUCACUUCGGCUACGAGGAACAUUGAAGAGAUCUGCAACCACAUCUACGAAUCCGGGAAGCUACAGGCUCGCGAAGAUCUACGUAUUGGACUAGUCGCAUAUCGAGAUCACCCGCCACAGGAUCACACAUAUAUCACCAAAAACUUCGGAUUCUCGUCAGAUAUUUCGCAAGUUCAUCGGGAUUUGUCAAGUCUAUAUGCGUCGGGUGGAGGUGAUGGGCCUGAGGCGGUCACUGCAGCUCUCGCUGAGGCGUUGAAUAUGGAAUGGCGUCCCAACGCGAGCAAGAUGGUCGUGCUAAUAGCUGACGCCCCACCACACGGAAUAGGAGAAUACGGAGAUGGGUUUGACGACGGUUCUCCCGAUGGCCAUGAUCCAUUGCAACUUGCCAGAAUGAUGGCCAGCCGCGGUAUUACUCUAUUCUUCGUCGCCUGUGAGCCAGCUCUCAGUGGCUACUCGUAUGCCACCGAUUUCUUCCAAGCAAUUACAAAUAUCACAUCAGGGCUAAUGCUCCCUCUCACUACCGCGGAUUUGCUCACUCACGCAAUCGUAGGCAGUGUGCUCGAGAACCUCGAUAUGGAACGACUCGUGCGCGAAGUGGGAGAAGCUGUUUCUCAACGAAUUCUCGGAAAUAAUGAGAGUGUCGAUGACGUUGCUCGGGAACUCCACGAGCGACUCCUCCUUCGUAAUGAGAAUACGAAGAGGGUUGUCAUUGAGAGCAUCUACCGCGAGUCCGAAGAAGCUAAACACAACGUCAACGUGUACACGCAAGCCUCGAACCUUGCCGAAGCUCGUCCAUUGCUGAAAAGGGUUCAAGGAACACGGUUCACUGACAAAUACCUUCACGCACGCAUGACAUCCACGCGUGGGUCCUAUGCUUACUCUCCCUACCCCCCUCCUCGCCCUGGAAGUACUUCAACUAGUAUCACGAAGUCGCCGACGUCGCCGAGCUUUUCGUCCACAACAGGUUCGCCGCCACGUAAGGUUGUAACGGACUUCGCAGCAUUCGGCGCUCCGAAGAAUGCAAGUGUGUUUGCUACAGCAGUUGCAUCCACCCCGUUCUCUCUGGCAGGUGGUAAGGCCGCGUUUGGGGGAAUGCGUGGUGGGACACGCACUACAUUUGAUGACGAUGAUGACGAGGAGGAUGGUGAUGGACGACAACGCAUCGAGCUACGCGAGGACUCAAUCACCCUUGACCAGGCGAGGCGCAUUGCUAUGCAGAGCGCAUGGAGAAGUGCACGCGUGUAA